GCACUGACAUCUCCAUGGCCACAUUUGGCUGAUGACAUCACCUAGUAUACCCUGAUAUACUUUUAGCAGCUGGGACCAAGAAAUGUGAUUCAGUGCGAGUAAACAAUGGGAGUAGACAGGGGUGGACUGACCAUUUGGAAACUCGGGCACUGCCCGAGGGCCCGGGGGUCAGUAGGGGGCCCCAUGAGAUACCCUGGUACCUUUUUAAUAGGCUUUUUUGAGUUUGGGCAAGGACACAGGGGCUCCAUGAUCCCUAUUGCUCGGGGGCCCCAU